GUUCAUAAUUCGAUCAAUGAAUCUUCUAAUGGUUAUUCUAAUGGUUACAACAACAGACAUAGUAAUAAUCCUAGAGGAGAUGAAGAGAAUAAAAAAUAUAAAAGACAACAUAAUUACCACAAUAAUCAUAACAACCCGGUGAUUAGUAACAAUUUUCAUCAUUAUUAUCAACCGCAAUAUAUUGAAUUUAAUUUAAGCAGUAUAAAUAUCAAUGAAUAUAAAGAAUCGUCAGAAAUUGGAAUAAAUGAUUAUAAAUUAAGAUUUCGGUAUAAAUAUCUUGAGGAAGGAAUUUCUAUUUUUCUAAAUGAGAAUAAAGGAAAAAUUUAUAUUCCUUUAGAAGCUUUGGAAGCUGUUUCUAAAGUUCAUUUAAAUCUUAUCAUUUUAACAUUGAAAGAAAAUGCAAUUGGUUUGAUCUCAUAUCGUUCAAGAGAAAACUUUAUUAACGAUGAUCCAAUUCGUGAAAAUUUGAAUAAAGCAACAACCAUUCACAUUUAUGCUCAAGAUUCAACUCCACAACAAGCCAUCGAUAUGACUGGAUUACAUAUUAAUUAUAUUGUGAAUAAAAACAAAACAAAGAUCGAUAAUAAAAUUCAAGCUGAUGAGAUUCGUAUCAUAUAUUUUAACCCCCAAGAACUUUUUGAAGAUAUCAAGUAUACAAUUAUGAACGCUUUGGGAAUUUCAGAACUAAAUAAAAUUCGUUAUAAAGAUGAUGACG